GACCCUCGUCCUCAACAAAGACACCUUGAAGAUAUAGGCUGGUGGAAUGUAAGGCAGGAAAUUUUGUUUCUUUUAUUUUUCUAGUGAGCUACAGCCGUUAGAAGAGGAUUUAGACUCAGCAGCUCAUCAUGAGCAUUAAGCAGCCCUGCAUCUUUCUUAGAGGAGGAGCAAAGAGGACACAAACAAGAAAUCUUACUCGGGACGAGCUCGAAGAGCUACGUGAAGCCUUCAUAGAAUUUGAUAAAGAUAAGGAUGGUUUUAUCACCUGUAAAGACUUGGGGAACCUGAUGAGAACCAUGGGCUACAUGCCGACUGAGAUGGAGCUGAUUGAACUGAGCCAAAAUAUUAACAUGAACUUGGGGGGACGGGUAGACUUUCAAGAUUUUGUGGAUCUGAUGACCCCCAAGCUUCUGAAUGAAACCGCCGGGAUGAUCGGGUUGAAAGAACUCAGGGAUGCUUUCAGAGAGUUUGAUAUAGAUGGGGACGGAUCCAUCACCUCCGAAGAGCUGAAAUUCGCUAUGAUAAAGCUGUUAGGCGAGCAGACGAGUGAGAAAGAAAUAGGAGAGGUGGUCAAAGAAGUCGACGACAAUGGAGAUGGAAAAGUUGACUUUGAGGAGUUUGUGAAAAUGAUGUCAAAGAAAUGAGGGCAACAAAAUGAAGACAGAAGAGGAUCCAAGUUGUUUUAAUUUUUAUCUGACAAACUCUUCUUUUUGUAAAUAAUUUGAAUUUCUAGUUACAUUAAUAGUAUGUUUAUUUAAUUUAUUACAAAAAAAGUUGUUGAAAAAUGAUGGGCAAAAUUUUCAGCGGUAGUUCUUAAUUUGAGAAAAUAAGAAAUAAACUUUGUUGAUGUAUAAUUUCACAGUUUUCUGUUACAUUUGUUAUAUUUUUACCUUUUGUUAUCCAGAACAUUUUCAUUGCGUUACCAGUUUGUGUCAUUUGUUGAAAAAAUGUGGUUCAACUAUCUCUGAAAAAAAGUAAAGAAAAUGAUGUUUUAACAGUAAUUGUAAGGACUUUGAAUUGAACCUUACGCUGUAAAAAUAAACUUAAGCAAGUUACUUGAGUCUUAGAUAAUUACAUGAUAGGGGGAAGAAGCUAAUGCACAUGCACUUUACUAACUUGAAACAUUUUUGAUGUACUAGAUGUACUAGGAAAAUCUUUUCAUAUGAAAACCCUUUUACAUUCAAUUUUCCAACAACUAAUAUGUAACUGGUGAUUAAUGUGGAUAACUGGAUGUAUCAUAAUACAGUAAUGUUUUAGUGGCCCUCUGUUGUGUAACGUUAGGUUGUCUUUAUUAUAGAUUUUGUCUUGACAUUUUUCUUCCACUCUCUUUUAGAUAUUAAGCUCAUGUGAAUGACUCAAUAUUUACAUAAUUAUAUCAUGUACAGACAAUGAAUACUAAAUUUGCUUCUAAGAUUUUUUGUAGUGAGACAAUCCGACAGGUUGAUUAAAUGAUUAUGAUAUUAAGCAUAUAUUUUCUCAUACUUGUUAAACAGCCCUGAACAACUGACAGUGGGAAAUCUUAGCUGUCAGUAUUUCUGUCUUAUGCAGUGGCAGCUGAAAACGAUUGUGGUCGACAGAAGUACUUCAGUCAUGAUGGACUGCAGCUUCUCUCACUUCAUUGAUUGUAUCUGCAGGGAACUGCCGCUGGUUUAAUGGGAAUGAGACUCCCAAAGACAAAAGCUGUCUCUGCCUCCUCAGCAUCAAUACAACCUUGAGUUAGGCCUGCAGUUCUUUGUCUCAGUGGUGACACCUGGGGGACAAUCUGAGCAGCGAACUGUCUCCUGUCUACUUUUUACCCCCAAACUUUCAUUUUACAAGGAUUUUCACAGUAUUUCAGGCUUGGGAAUCCAAAUAGGGGCCUCCGUUUUUUUCUUCUAGUUAUCCAUUAUGAAAAAAUUUACUUUCAGCUUUUACUGUAUUUCCACUGUAAAAGCUGGACAUACUGUAAAAAGUCUAUAAGUUUAAUUUAAGAA